AAUAAAAACAGCGCAGCCGGCAUUUCUUCCUCCUCGGCCCGUAGUCCUUCUCCUCAGUCUGGUUCGGUUCGGUUGGGCUCGGCGGUCGUCUCCUCGGUGCGGUUCGGAGACAUGGCGAAUGUAGCGGACACCAGGCUCUAUGACAUCCUCGGAGUUUCUCCUUCGGCUACCGAGAACGAGCUGAAAAAGGCGUAUCGCAAACUGGCGAAAGAGUAUCACCCUGAUAAGAAUCCUAAUGCAGGGGACAAGUUUAAGGAGAUCAGCUUUGCCUACGAGGUGUUGACCAACCCUGAGAAGAAGGAAUUGUAUGACCGGUAUGGAGAGCAGGGCCUGCGUGAGGGCGGGGGAGGGGGAGCCGGGAUGGAGGACAUCUUCUCACACAUCUUCGGCGGAGGUCUGUUUGGGUUCAUGGGCGGUCAGAGCAGCAGGAACCGCAACGGGGGACGCCGGAGGGGAGAGGACAUGGUGCAUCCGCUCAAGGUGUCUUUAGAAGAUCUUUACAACGGCAAAACCACCAAACUCCAGCUGAGCAAGAACGUCCUGUGCAGCGCCUGCAACGGUCAGGGUGGGAAGACGGGCGCGGUGCAGAAGUGUACGGCCUGCAGAGGCCGAGGGAUGAGGAUCAUGAUCAGACAGCUGGCUCCGGGGAUGGUCCAGCAGAUGCAGACGGUGUGUAACGACUGUAAUGGCGAAGGUGAGGUGAUCAGCGAGAGAGACCGGUGCAAGCAGUGUGAGGGCCGUAAGGUGUGUAAGGAGGUGAAGACGCUGGAGGUCCACGUGGACAAGGGAAUGAGACACGGGCAGAAGAUCACCUUCAGCGGGGAGGCGGAUCAAGCCCCUAACACCGAGCCUGGAGAUAUCAUACUGGUGCUGCAGGAGAAGGACCACGAGGAGUUCCGCAGGGAUGGUAGUGACCUGCACAUGAACCAGACGAUCGGCCUAGUGGAGGCGCUGUGCGGCUUCCAACUGACUCUCACACAUCUCGAUGGGCGACACCUCCUCAUCAAAUACCCUGCUGGAAAGGUCAUCGAGCCAGGUGCGGUGAGGGUGGUGCGUGGAGAGGGAAUGCCGCAGUACAGGAACCCGUUUGAGAAAGGAGAUCUCUACAUCAAGUUUGAUGUUCGGUUCCCGGAUAACGGCUGGCUCAGUACCGAGAAACUCACGGAGCUGGAGUAUCUGUUACCAUCACGUGAGGAGGACGCCGUCAUCACAGCGGAAACGGAGGAAGUGGACCUGCAGGAGUUUGACGUGAGUCAGGGGCCGUCUGGAGGUCAGCGCCGCGAGGCCUAUAACGACAGUUCGGAUGAGGAGGGCGGUCCUCACGGGCCAGGGGUGCAGUGCGCCCACCAGUAACGUUCCACACACACACACAGACAGACACAGACACGAGCCUCAGUCAGUGUAUCGCACCUUGAACAAUACUUUCGACUCCUGUUCUCGAACCCAGACCUGCCAUCUUUCUCUCUCUCUCAUACACACACACACACACACACACACACACACACACACACACACGUCAGGGGGCAGACGUUGUUGCAGAUUGUUAAUAUGUUGUUUAAAUGCAGUUUUAAAUGACCCACUGGAAGCUCCGCCCCCUUCCGCCCCGCUCACAUUAGUAUUCCGCGUGUAAGAUACGCCGCUGCUUCACGUCUCGCGACACGGAGGAUGUUCAGUGCUCUUUAACGUUAAAACUUAAAUCUAGCUUUAAAUGUUUGCAAAAAAACGAAAUAAAAGAAUUGCGUGUGUGUGUGCCGGGGGGGGCGUGCUCGUUUAGGAAUGAUGGAAACACUACAAACAUAGAUACACACUUUGAAAGACAUUCAUACAGUAACUAUUAUUAAGAGUUUUCAUCUUGACUUUCCUAUGAUUUACACUUCAGCUGGAGAUUGGUGUAAAAAGUCUGUACACACACGCACACACACUCCAGCUCCUACAUUAAGUGAUGUGCAAAAGAAUGAUAUGAAUGCUGUGCUGCGUUUCCAUGGAGAUGGCAAGUCUGUGGUGUCUCGUCUCAUCUCGUGUCCUCUCAUCCCUCCGUCCUGUAAAGCGCUGAAUGUAUACACACACACACACACACACACACACACACACACGAGUCACUUGAACACAUCAACUGCGUCUGGAAUGCUUUUAACUAGAACCUCCAUCUUACACAAACGAGAAACAAACGAAUAACAAAAAAAAAGAAAAAGAUAAACACAGAAUGAAUGAGUUGUUUUUAAUUCAUUACCAGCGACAUGACCAUUGUAGACUUUUAUAUAAUGUACACAUCACUGAAUAUUUAAACUUGAACAAGCAAGUGUGUAUAGGAUUUAAGUUAUAAUCACACACACACACACACACACACACACACUUUUAAAACAGUGUCAGAAUGGAAACAAGGACAUUGCUCAAUAAAAACGUUCAAUAAAACAUUUAUGUGUGUAAGACACACUCGUCUGUCCUGUACUGUUUAAAUAAAAGACUUUUUCCCCCCCA